GGAUAAUCUAAAUUUUAAUCACAUCUCUGCAUCUGAAAGUUUAGCUAUAUUAUCACAAAGAAGAAAUAAUUUAUUAAAACCUUUACCUAAUACUAAAAUGAAUAAUGGCUUGAGUGCAAGAAGACAUGUAAGCUUUGAUAGUAAUCCGGUGUGUGCCAUGAAAGAAGAAGUUCCACAAAGCCCAACAACUAGAAGAAAAAACUGCAGUUUUAUGCCAAUUCCAUCGUCACCGUUAUCUCCUCAUACUAAAACAGGAUUUGGUAAUACAAGUCCUAAGUCAGCGAGUUCUAAUGCAAGCCCUUUUGUCAGUCCAAGAAAUACGCCAGCUUUAAGGCAGAGAUCUAUGUUUGACAAGUUGAUGAAAUCUAACAAAAAUUUACAAACUGAUGCUGCUGCUUCUAUGUUAUCUGUGAAUAAUAUGAACAUUCGAUCUCAAUCUGUUCCUCUUCACAUGAAAAGUAUGGUUUCACCUGGUCAGAGUCCAUUAUUCUUCAACACACAGUAUCCGCAAAACAUCAUUCCUCAGCAAAUGAUGAGUUACAAUCCAUCAGCCAGCAGUUCAGUAGGUGCUACACCUGUUCCACCUGAAUAUAAUGAUUUUGAUACUAAUUACAUAGAUAUGAUAAAUUCAACUACAGAUAUAAUGUGUGCUAAUACUUUGAAUAAUAAUUUCCAAGACGAUCUUAGCGUUCCUAUUGUUGAGUCUGAUCAGUCUGAAAAUGUUUAUGCUGCAAUGGAAAUGAAUCAAAUUUUGCCUCAAACAGACUUUGCUGAUAUAAGAUCUUUGAAAAGAUCUAUGAGCAUAGAAAAUAAUUUUCCAAUUAUGGACGGCGAUGAUUCUAAGGGUAUAGCGUCCAGAUCGGUACCUAGCACGCCGAUAUCAUACAACAAAAUAUCUUUAGAUUUUCAGUUACCACAACAAUUUAAAGAAUUCGAUUCAAUGAUCUCAAAAUCUGUUCCAUCGACGCCUUUGCGUGAUAGAAGCUUUCAAUAUAGCCCAACUUAUCGAAGCCGAGAUUUCUUAAUCAAUGGUAACUCGGUCGAGGCUUAUAAGAAUUCUAUGACACCAAUAGACAAUGGUGUCAUAGAUGAUUUAUCGGAAUUGGAGCACCAGAAAGCAUUGCAAUUAACAAGUAUAGAGCAAGAGUUAACGGAUUUCGGUGCUACGGAUGCCAUCAUGUCGGGUGAUAUAAUGAGUGAAUUGGGAGGAGAAUUAUAGGACUGGGUGAGUGAUUUAGAACGAAAAACAUUUUUUUAAUAAAUUAA